CUCUCCUAACAACAGCUGUCUCGGGGGCAUGCAGUGGUUUGUGAGCAGUAGGAAAGAUUUUGCUGCCACUUCCUGAUUUCUGCCUUGAGAGCGAUCUAAGCUGGGACGUGACCGGAGCAUUUAAAUGGACUUCUCAGCCCCAGGAACGGCAGACUUUGGGAUACAGUACAGAAGAACAGAGAUAUCAGGAAAUAGCCAACAAACCACUUGCGCAGAAUUGCUGCUGUCAAACUGAUGAAGACAGAAACCUGUGAGACAAAACUUCACGGAAAGUUCCUAUAAGGAAAGGAGUGAGGUUUUGUUUGCAUGCCAUGGCUCACCUAUCCCACAAAGCCUGAAAGUGCUGUAAAAACUGAAAAGUGUGAAAGGGAACUUCAGGUGUACCCAUGGAAAAGACAGAUGACCAGAACUGUCAGGACAGACAUGAAGAGGACAACCCAAAGAGUUCCCCAUUUGACUUUGUUAUAAAACAAUUUCAAGGAAAGAAGUGUGCUCCUGAAAAAAAGAAAGAGCAGCCUUCAGCCAUCAAAGAAUUCUUCAAAGGCUUUGACUUUGGGAAAUCUGAAGGCAAGGACAGAAGGGAAAUAGAAGAAACAGAAAUAAGCAAUGAUGGAGCUGAUGAUCAGAGUGAAAGGCAAGAUCCCUCUGUAGAAGAUGGACUUUCACAUCUCACUUCUGAAGCCAAGUCACCAUCUGGUGAGCAGAAAUUUAACCAGUUCAUGGAGAAACUGGGGAAGAAACCCAGCAGCAAGAAUCUGGAUCUAAAUAAUUGUGCACUAAGUGCAGCAGAUAUAACAGAGUUGGCUUCUUUAUUGCCGUUUCUCCCAGAGCUGGAAGAGCUCAGCCUGUCCUGGAAUGGUUGUGUUGGAGGGACUUUGAAAGCUCUCACUGUCCAUCUUCAUCACGUGAGCCUGUUAAAAGUCCUCCGACUUAACAACUGCAGGCUGACAGCUGAGGAUGUCAUCUCCUUAGGAGAAGCAUUUGAAAUUGUUUCUCAGCUUGAAGAACUGGAUUUGUCAUGGAACAGUAACAUAGGUGGAAAACUAUCAUUGCUGACAAAAAAACUUCAGGAAGGAUGCAAAUUAAAAUGUCUGAAAAUGACAGACUGUAACUUGACGGCAAAGGAUGGAGAAUCCCUUGCUGAACUUCUAAAUGUGAUCCCAAACCUUGAAGUAUUAGAUAUCUCUAUCAACAAAAACAUUGGCUGCAGCAUGAAGGUUAUUGCUCAGGAUCUGAAAAAUGUGCCAGGCUUGAAAGAGUUAAACUUGCACAUGUGUGGAUUAAAGCAAGACAGCUUCCAGGGCUUAGACACUGCUUUACAGCACCUUGUAGAGCUAAGGAAAUUAGACAUCUCGUGUAACAGAGAGAUUGGUGGUGGCUUUAAAGCCUCAACAGCUCAUUUGGCCAGCUUGAAAAAUCUGGAAGUCCUUGAUCUUCACCAGUGCUGUGUCACAGAAGAGGACAUGACUGUUUUGUCCCAGGUGAUACCUUUACUCUCCAGUCUUCAAGAGCUGAAUUUAUCCUCGAAUAAAAAUGUAGGACUCUCAUCAGAUCCUCUUCUGGGCAGGCUCAGGUUUUUACCAAAGCUGAAAUCUGUGACCAUCAGCAAUUGUGGCUUAGGUGAAGAGUCCCUUUCAUCUCUAGCUGAGGCUGCCCUUCACCUUCCUGAACUGGAGAUAUUAAACCUUUCUUGGAAUAAGUGCGUUGGUGGGAACCUAAAGCUGCUUUUGGGAGCACUAAAGCUUGCAACGGAGAUUCAAGUGUUAAGACUGAGCAGCUGUAACCUGGUGGCUGAAGAUUUGGCACUUCUAACGUCCCUGAGGCAAGAUGGCCAUUUGGCCAGAUUGCAGAAGCUGGAUUUGAGUUAUAACAACAACAUCUCUGACGAAGGCUGGGCUGUUUUCUGCCAAGGUUUAGGAGCAUUCAAGGAACUCUCAGAGCUGGAUGUGAGCCUCAGUCCAUCAUCCUGCCGGGACUGCAGGCCGUGGUUUGGGGAGUUGUUGGCAGCACUGACACAGCUGCCAGCCUUGGCAGAGCUGGCCAUGCAAAGAUGGGCCCUUUCAGAGUCCCAGAGGAAGCAAAUGGAAGGCUUUAAUCAAGACAACAAAAGAAACAUUCGUUUUGACUGUUGAUGAAGGUUGGAGGUGUCUGGAAGGCCUUUUGGGAGCAGCACAUGAACCAAGCAUUGUGUGUCUCAGAAGACUGCAGUUUUUAAUAAUCUCUUGAAAUAGUUUCACAGUUAUAGAAAACUGUUAUUUGACCUUCUGCAACAUAGAUCAUUCCAUUUAAUAAUGUUCUUUCAGAUUCUCUGGGCCAUGCUUACACUGCUCAAUCUUCAAGUUGUGAAUAUUGCCAAGGCCACUGCCCACAGAGCAGUGCUGGGUCAGAGGGACCUGCUGCAGGUUUGGCCAUGGAGGGAAGGGCUGGGGUUUGUGUUGAUGCAGGUGGGUGGGCAGUGUGAAUGUGGCCUCAGAAAAUACCCCUAAUGUGAAAAUACUUGAAACCUCCAUGUUUUAUAUGUUAAUUUCUUCUCCCCUCAAA